AUGUACGAAGAGCUGAUCGAGCGUCGAGAAAACGACUCACCAUUGAAUGCCACCUCCAGCGCACCAUCAGUUGGCCAUCCACCUACUAGCGCGGACGAGCAUGCUGUAGCCGAUGAGGGCUCGGACAACGCAGCACCAGAGCACAACACUCGCAACGACAGUACUGCUGCUGCUACUGCCACUGAGGCUCCUUCUCAGGCCACAGACCGGGUUCACAAGGAGAAUGAGCCACCAAAGAAGUCGGACCCUGGCACAGAAUUUGUCGAUGCGCCCGCUGGUCAUGAGUCCUCCAAGUCCACCAGCGAGAAGGAGAAGCCGCCAGCGGAAGGGGCUGCCGAUGAUGACCAGCCGUCACUGCUAUCAACCCUGCCUAGUAGGCUCAAUGCAUCAGAACACAAGGAUGAUAUUAUCAAGCAAGUCGAGUUCUACUUGGGGGAUGAAAACCUUCCUGGCGACGCUCAUCUGCUUGCCCGCACAGGCCCAGCAGGUGAUGGCUGGGUAUCCCUCAACGAGAUCCUUGGAUUCCGGAAGAUGCGUCCUUACAAGCCCAAGGCGGAAGUGAAGGAGAUCUUGAAGUUAAGCAAGAUGUUGGAGAUCAACGACAAGAAUAAAUUCAUUCGGCGUAAGUGGCCGUUGAAGAGAGCGCCGACUGUUACUCCCAAGCUCGACGAGUCUAAGGAACGCAAUGCAAAGCUUGCCGAGCAGCCGUGGAUGACCAAGGCAAUGUUGAAGCCGACAGGUUUUGAGAGCAAUGCUAAUCAAGGUCCGCUUGCCCUCGGUGAUUACCUGGAAGAACGUCCAUUGUACGAUGCUGAGGAGUCCUUUGUUGCUCGCAUCGACCGGGCUGUGGCGGAAUACCAGAAUAGGCGCAAGUUUCACGAGAUGACUGCUAAGGUGUUCGGGUCGUACCUCAAGUUUGGCGGCUUUGCUGGCGGACAGAACAUGUUCGCUGGUCGUCUGAACGAUAAGGAGCUGAAGGAAAACUACGACAAGCAUGAAAUUGCUAUGAUGAAAGCCAGAUGGGGAGUCGCUGACAAAGUAUCCGAGGGCGUUGACGAGGGCAAGCCUACCUGGGUUGUCGACUUCGAAGGCAUGACCAAGGCAUUCUUGUCCUCCGAAUUUAUGCAACAUUUCGACUGGACUAACAGCAAAACCGUUCUCGAAACCACGAACAUCUUGCGCAACUUCUUCAGCUACCUCAACAUCCACGAUGUGUGUCCAGAAUACAAAAAGGACAUCGACAAGGCAGUGGCUGCUACUCAUCUCGCGGACAGCGAGUUCCCGAAGCUCGCAGCAGUUGACGCAGGUUUGCCUGGUGAAUUCAAUAAAGCCUGCUCAUCGCUCUACGGCGGCUAUUAUGCUCAGUACAGUCCAACAGAUGCCAACGCGGACUGGGUGACUAAUGCCGAUAAGAGCUUUGGAAUGGCUAAGGACCUUGCCGACCAGGUAUUCAUCAUUGGCACACAUGCGUAUUGUACCAGCGAACAGCUCGAAUUCUUCGAGGCGGUGAAGGACGACAAGAAGCCAGCGGAUACAUGUAUCGUGGAGGAGAGUAUGGGUCUGGAGGUCACUGGCGUGGAGCUGGAGACCGAGCAGGGCAACAAAUACUACGAUGCGCCGCAAUAUAAGAACAGAUUCAAGAAAGCCGGUUCGCUGCAUUGCAUUCGCUGGACUCUCCCUCAAGCUAGUCCGCGAGACCUUCCGAAGCACGUUCUAGAGGCCGAGAAAGCUAAGCAGGGCAAGAGUCUCAGCUUCAUCGUAGAUGAAGACUUGUUGAAGCAUUUCGUCCCGGGCAUGAAGCUCGAUGCGAUCAUCAAGACUUUCGGCUGCGGCUUGUCCUGGAUCGAUGCGGUCGAGUGCGUCUAUCCCUCAUUCUUCACCUGGACUCUCAAUGAGCGCGCUAUGGACUGGAAUGAGCCAGGUCCACCAACCGAGUGGAUGUUGCGGCAGGAGGAGAUGAAGAAGUCUGGCAUGGGCGAUGAGAUCAUUCGGCGUGAGGACGAGGACGAAGAUGAGACUCUGGAUUGA